AAACUUGGCAGCGAGCGGCUGAACUGGUCGGAUCUUUGUUCUUCACAGGCAGUCUAUCAACCUCUUUAUACUUAAGCGUAUCGUCAGUUAUAUGUCUCGCGUUUAUAUCAAGAUUAUAAAAAGCACCGCUUCCCUCGACACGCAGCUUUAGCACAGCCAUAUAACGUUACUUUCUGAGCUAGCAUAUUUUCCUCAGUGUUUUUAGUUCAUUCUUCCCCCCACCGACGAGGUUUUAUUGGACCAAGAUAGGCGGCGCGGGCACCAAGAUGUCGAACCGGAUGGUGUGCAGAGAAGCGAGCCACGCCGGCAGCUGGUACACGGCCUCAGGAUCCCAGCUUAACGCACAACUUGAGGGCUGGUUAUCUCAAGCACAAUCUAUAGCGGGUCCAGCCAGAGCCAUAAUAGCACCGCACGCCGGCUACACUUACUGCGGUGCGUGUGCCGCUCAUGCCUACAAGCAGGUGGACCCCUCCAUCACUCGGAGGGUGUUCAUUCUCGGCCCCUCUCACCACGUGCCGCUGUCUCGCUGUGCCCUCUCCCCCGCCGAGGUCUACAGAACGCCACUGUACGACCUGAGGAUCGACCAGAAGGUUUACGCUGAUCUGUGGAAAACAGGCAUGUUUGAGAGGAUGAGUCUGCAGACAGAUGAAGAUGAACACAGCAUUGAGAUGCAUCUGCCUUAUACCGCUAAAGCCAUGGAGAACCAUAAAGAUGAGUUCAGCAUCGUUCCUGUGCUGGUUGGAGCUCUGAGUGAAUCUAAAGAGCAGGAAUAUGGCAAGCUGCUAAGCAAAUACCUGGCUGACCCCUCCAAUCUCUUCAUCAUUUCCUCUGACUUCUGCCAUUGGGGUCAGCGUUUCCGUUACACCUACUACGAUGAAAGCCAAGGAGAGAUUUACAGAUCUAUCGAGCACCUUGAUAAAAUGGGAAUGGGAAUUAUAGAACAAUUGGACCCCAUCUCCUUUAGCAAUUACUUGAAGAAAUAUCAUAAUACAAUUUGUGGUCGCCAUCCCAUCGGCGUUCUUCUAAAUGCCGUGGCGGAACUGAAAAAGAACGGCAUAGACAUGAACUUCUCUUUCCUAAACUAUGCUCAGUCGAGCCAGUGCCGAAACUGGUCGGACAGCUCUGUGAGUUACGCUGCUGGAGCUCUCAUCGUUCAUUGAGGUGAACUGUCCUUGGAGCCUCCUAGAAGAUCGUUUCCCACCAUUCCCCUACAUCCUUUCCCUGCCUCUUCUAUAGGAAGGACAUGCGAAGUGUGUCGCAGCUGGGAAUCCUCAAACAUAGCCCCAAUUCAGAUGUAACGUUAGAUACUAACCUCCUCUUCCUGCAGCUUUUCCUACAGAGGCAACUUGGAUGAUGCUAUAGCUUGAAGUACAGCCGCAGUUUUUUUGGGGUGUUGCAAGGUCAGAUUUUUUUGGUUGUGUUUCAUAUUUUGGAUCGUUUAGUUGGGGGUUUUAAGGCAGAAUUCGCUUUCGACCCACUUUAGGUGUUCGAUGAGCCCUUGUACAAUUGAAAAGCAAGACACACUUAAAGUUUAAAUAAAGAAAUAAAACCAUCGGCAUUGCACUCUUUUCGCAAGUCUACAUAUGUUUCACUUAAUGAUUUGGGAAAAAAAGGAAGUUGACUGUAACAUGCCCAUGUACACCCUGAGAAUUGUAGUAAUAGCUACUGCGAUGGUCCUGUUGUAGUUUUUUUUAAAGGGCUACACAAUACCCACUAACCCUCCACUGUACUGGAUAUACCAAAAAAUAGCUUUUCUUUCAUCUAAUCUUUUCUUGUAGUCAAAUUAAAGUCUUUUUUCUGAUUC